AUGAGAAAUGAACGUCUACGUGACAGACUUGUGUCAGGCGUUCGCGACGACAAGAUGCUUAGAGACUUGUUGAAAGAGAAACUAGAAGAUUUAACAUUUGACAAGGCCGUGGCUAAGUGUGUAGCUCACGAACAGGCCAGUAAAGAUGUCCAUGCCCUAAAGGGAGAUGGGGGACAGGCCGUUGCAAAGGUUCAAGUGUUGAACAGCGCCAAACCACCACGGAGAAGGCGCAAAUCAAGCAAAAAUGCAAAUGGACAACCGUCUGCAAACCGCGAGCUUGACACUAAGCCACAAGGAAAUACGUGUCAUCGCUGUGGUGACAUGCAUGACUCAAAAACUUGCAAAUUUAAAAAUGCAAAGUGUCAUGGCUGUGGUAAGGCAGGACAUAUCAAGAGGGUCUGCCGAAACUCAACCAGUAAGGAACAGUCAGUACAUGUUUUACAAUGUAGUGAUGAUGAUGUAAGCUCAUCAGAGCUUUACCGGCUAGGCACAGCAGACAAACGUAAACCUAUGUGUGUAGAUGUUAUGUUAGAGGGUCACACAUUCAACAUGGAAGUGGACACCGGGUCAGCGGUCACUGUUGUCAAUGAAGGACUCUACCGUGAACACCUACGACACGUGCCCUUGAAAAGCACUCGCCUUCAGYUACACACAUACACCGGUCAAAMAGUUACGCCUACAGGAGUAUGUACGGUUACAGUCAAUUAUGAGGAGCAAGAGAAAGAGCUCCCUGUCUAUGUGGUGCCAGGAAUUGGUCCAACACUCCUUGGUAGAGAGUGGCUGCGAGAAAUCACGCUGAACUGGUCUUUACUUAAGCUGAUUGCAAUGGAACCGGACGGCCUKACAGAGGUUCUKGAGAAACACAAAGCAGUGUUCGGGGAUGAUCGGGGUCAUCUCAAGGACAUUAAGGCAAAAUUUACUCUCACUGCUAAUGCAAAGCCAAAGUUUUGUAAGCCCAGACAGGUUUCCUUGUCAAAGAAGAAACUCAUAGAGACAGAACUGGACAGGCUGGAAGCAGAAGGAGUUAUAAGAAGAGUUACUCAUAGUGACUGGGCUGCACCUAUUGUGGCACCCUGGAAGAAGGAYGGAAGCGUUCGGGUUUGCGGCGACUACAAGGUGACUGUGAACCCUUACCUGGAAGUUGAUGUAUACCCUUUGCCCCGCAUCGAAGACAUCUACGCGAGUCUCAACGGUGGCACAGUGUUCUCAGUUCUUGACCUGAAACAGGCAUACCUACAGAUGGAGGUUGACGAGGCGUCGCGCAAGUAUGUCACUAUCAAUACUCAUCGGGGGUUGUACGAAUAUCAAAGGAUGCCAUAUGGUAUAGCCUCUGCCCCAGCCCUCUGGCAGAGAGCGAUGGACCAGGUUCUACAGGGAAUAGAUGGAGUCCAAUGCUAUAUCGAUGACAUUGUUAUCAGUGGAAAGACGAAGGAGKAACAUCUGAUUACCAUGGAUAAAGUUCUAGAAAGAUUGGAGGAGAACGGACUUAGAGCUAACAGAGGUAAAUGCUCAUUUCUGAAGGACUCUGUUGAGUACUGUGGACACAUCAUAUCAUCAGAGGGUCUGCGACAGUCCCCCAAAAAG